AUGGGGUCGAAUAACUCACAAUUUCAAGAUGCUAUUAGUACUCUCUUGAGUGAAGAACCUGUAAAUACUCUUCUUUCUGAAGAAAUCAAUGGACUUUCAUAUGAACAAUUUUUAACUUUCCUUGAGGAAUUGAAUCUCUUAUCAAAGAAAUGGUUAGACUUAAAUGGAAAUCAAAUGGUUUUUGCUGUUAAGAAAGAUACAGAUUCUACAAUAUUUUGGAAAGCUACUGUCCAAAUUGCUUGUGUAAAGAUUGAUGCUGCAUCCCAAAAAGUGGCAACCUUCAGGCUCUUUACUCUAAGUGAAUUUCUCAAAGUAUUUAAAACAUUGAAGUGUCAAAGUUUAGCUGUAGAACAUUGUGGAAGCUCUAGUGCUUCACCAGAUAUGACAAUUUCCAGCAUUUUGGAUAGGGUAUCUGAAUCAAGCACAGAAAGUCAAAGUGAAUGUUGCAUUUGUUUUGAUAGAAAAAGGGAUAUAAUGUUGCCAUGUGCACAUAGUUUUUGUGCCCCUUGUUUGGAGGAAUGGAACGAAACACAUGACACUUGCCCAAUUUGCAGAGAAGUGUUGGACAGUACAGAUGAAACAUGGGUAAUGUCUGAAGUGCCAAAAGCUGAAGAAAUCAGCAAGGAAAUCCAAGAUAACCUCAUGGAGUUGACAAGGGAAAGAUCGCCACCUUGCAACCCAUCUUGAAUUUUCAAAUUUUUACUCAAAUUCUGCCAAAUUCGUAUAUUGCAAAUAGCCUGUACAUUAUUGUAAAGGGUUUCCUAAUUCCAGGAUUAACUGGCAUUGAAAUUUUAUUCAAUAGGAAAUAAUCCAUAAUCCUUCAAAAGUGUUAUAAAAUUUCCCUGCAACGAAGAAAAACCUAAAGGGAAAAAACAAUGUUUGAGAGAGAUGCAUUCACUUUGAUGAUCUAUUUUUUUCAUUUGUGAUACCACAAUUGAUACCAAUUGGCUGAAAAUAUUUGAAUGAUGUUACUUGUCGAUUAAAGCAGAAAGCUGGUGUGUUUAUGGACUUAACUUUCAGGAAAAGUAAUACACUCCUGGAUAAUAAAUUCCAGGCAGAGAUAGUUCAGGUUGAGUUUAGACAGUAAUAACUUUUUCAAGUGUUUUUUUCGAUUUGGUAGAAUUUUUAUCAGAGUUUGGAAAAAACAAAUGGUACUUCUUCACCCCAAAACAUGAUGAAACUAAAUUCUGCCGCUCAAUUUUCCUGCAGGGUGUUAAGUAUUGAAGGAUAAUUAAGGGUUAUAAAGUACUUGUUUCUUUUUAUAAUGAAGAAGUCAUCAGUAUUUUUUGAGAACUUAAAUUCAGGAUAAAAUUUCUACACGAAUUUUCUUACUCUGCUGACAAUUUGACCAAAUCAGAAAACAUAAAAGUUAUGGACGAGACCUAAUGAAAAAAUGCAAGGGAUAUAUUACUGAUGAGUUUCUAACCUAUUAUUAUAGCCAUCUCUUCAACAAUUUUCCAGUGAAUCAUUGCUUGACGAAUAUGAAGGAAGUCUUGAAUGCGCCAUGCCGUAUCCUGCAGGCGUGGAUAAAUCCAUGGAUGGCGUAUUUGCUUUUUUCAUCACUAUUUUUUUCUUAAUUCACAAUACUUCAACUUAUUCUGGUGUGGGGACAACCAUCUGGCUAGAUAUUUGCGUGCAAGACUAUAAAUGAUAUUGAAGAAAUUCGAGCCUCCAGAAAACAAAUAUUCAGUAAACCGAAAACGAAACAGAGGCCCUGUAGGUCGCCAAACCCGUAUUAUGAAAAAAAUCAGAAACACGUCAACUACAUUUUCGAGGGGAAUAUCGUUCUAAAAUAUUUUUAGUCCGGCGGCGUUGCCGCUUCUAACACUUGGAGUCUAGCUGGAAUGAUUUCGUGUCUAAACUAUUUAUUAUUGGUCAAGACGGCUUCUAUGUCCCUAUCUCAUCUUUUGAUUUACUAUCUACUGGCAUUUAAUUGGAACAGAUGCAGGGUGAUCAGAAUUCUGAAUCUUGAACAACCCUGUAUUUGAUUCAAAUAAAUGUCAGUAGAUAGUGAAUAGAAAGUGAUAGGGUUAUAUUAGCCGCUUUGACCAAUGAUGAAUAGUUUCGACACAAAAAAAUCCAAAAGUUGAAAAAUAUCUGUAAUCAUUGACCUCUAGAUCCCAAGUGUGAUGCACUGAUGAAAUUAGCUCUUGGAGGAGAAUCUGAAAAUGCAAUGAAAUACAAGGUGUUCCAUUUGAAAUAACAAAUUUAUUGCUUCUAUUCGUUAGAAGCGACAACGCCGCAGGGCUAAAAAUAUAUUGAAACGAUGCCCCCCUCAGAGUUUUUUCAUAAUCCGGUUUUGGCGACUCUGUAUCUCUGUUUCGUUUUCAAAGGGCCACCCUGUAUGUUACAUAUAUUAGGAGGCCGAAAGGUGACAAACUACAAAAUAAAAGGUCUAAAGCCUCUUCAAAAAAAAGUCGAUGAUAGUGGCCCUAGGAUGAAACGUCGAAUUCCAAACACUAUUUUAUGUCUACGAAUUUUCCGAAAUUUCAAGGUUGCACAUGUUUUUAUUGAAUACCGAAUUAUGCAAUUCUACCACAAUUUAACCAGUGUUUAUUUUACAGUAUACAAUAUCUCAAUUGUAUGCAUUGCAUUUUCUACACUCGAUAUAUACAUACUUAUUUUUUUGAUGUAGCUGAAAUGGAUUGAAUUCAAUUAGUUUCAGAAGAUUUUUUCAUGUUUCAAUAGUUUAUCACCGUUUGUAUUUUUUUGUCAGUAAAAAUGAAACUUUAAAUCU